GCUGAGCUAGCGCUAGCGAUAGACAAUUUUGCUUGAUUAUGUUAUUUGGCGAUGUCCGCAGACACUUUUUGCAUCAUCAGGGUGAUUAUUACAUUCCUCUACUGUUGAUGAUAAUUUUGCCACAUUAACUUGCCACUUGCUGCAUCAUCAUGGAGGAGAGAAACACCAUGGUAAUUGACUGCGAUGCAGGCAUAGAUGAUGGGUUGGCAAUCAUGAUGGCAUUGGCCAAUCCGAUGGUCAAACUUAUCAGCAUAACAUGCGUCAAUGGGAAUUCUCCUCUUGAAAUGGUUGUCAUUAAUGUCCUUCGGGUCCUUCAGAAGUGCAGACGACUUGAUAUUCCUGUAUACUCUGGUGCUACAAAAGACAUCCUUGGCACUGCUCAGGUGACCUCCACUCAUGGACAUGAUGGACUUGGAGAUAUCCCCAAUCCAGAGACCCCACCCCCUCGAGAUCUUAUCCAAUCAGAGCAUGCCGUAGAAGGACUAAUCCGCAUGGCUAAUGAGCAUCAAGGACAAAUCACCCUUGUUGCUAUUGGUCCUUUGACCAACGUAGCUCUCGCCAUGAAGCUAGACCCGCAGUUUACCUCUAAACUGAAGGAACUGGUCAUUAUGGGUGGUAAUAUUUUAGCUACAGGAAAACGUUUUCCAGCAUCAGAGUUUAAUUUCACGGUAGAUCCCACAGCCGCUCAUAUUGUUGUGACUGGAACUCAAUGCCCGACAACUCUUGUACCUUUAGAGACUUGUAUCUCUCAUAGCGUAUCAAAUUCUUGGUUCGAGAGUCUACAACAUUCUGAGAAGUCCAGGUUUGUGGCAGCCAUGUACAGAGGUCGUUUGAAUGAAUCAAAGAUGGGCAAGAAAUCUGAAUGCCUGGUUGCUGAUGGAUGUGCCGUGGUCGUUGCGAUCUACAAAGCAGCUAUCAAGAAAGCCAUGUACUCUCCUUGCAAGGUUGAACUGCAUGAAGGAAUGACUAAAGGGCAGAUGGUUACUACUAAGAUCUUGCGACCGUGGGCCAAGUCAUUUUCAGGUCCUGAGAUCAACGUGGUGUUAGAGCUGGAUAUGGAGACAUACUACCAGAUGUUAAAUGAAGCAGUUCGAUGAGAGUCUUCCCACUUAGUUACUGGUCAAUUCUUUGAUCUCCAUGCGAUGAAAAGGUACCAGAUCCAUCUAAUUCCAGUAUGCAUUUAGUAUUUGUUAGGAUACCUUGGUUGCUUUUGCCGAGAUGCUCCCCAGGGAGUGGAGAAUAAUGUUUGGACAAGCUACAUGUAUAAUCUGAAUCAGAUUAUACAUGAUGAUCAGAAUAUUAUCAUAUACCUAAAGAUGCUUAGUUCUUAAACAUUCUGAUGUAUUUUAGCAUUUAGUCCUGUAUCGGCCACACAGAAACGUUAGUGCCAUACCAUGCAUUAAGAGAGGCUCUGUUAAAACUGGUAGUCAUAGGGACUACUAAUAUCACAACAAUGUGUAAUUUUUAUCUGGGUUCAACGGCUGACAUCACAAUUCUGAAGAUAUGACUAGGCUUGUGUUUUGGGCUCUGUUAAUGCUAACAAUGUUUCUGAGUGGCCGGUACUGAUCAUGAUUUUGAUUAGUGGAAAAAAUUGUGUCAAAUUAAUUCAGAAGAUUUGUUUGUAAGGACAUGUGUAAAGGGGUAGAAUUUCUUUGGAAGAUUGACCUAUGUUGAAUAGUUACAUAUAUACAGUGUGUCCCACAAAAAAGGAAACCCGUUUUUAGAGAUGGAUUUCACAAUUAUAAAAUGUUUUUACUAUAAAUUUUUUACGUAUGGUAAGAGUAGAAUUUUGUCUUUAAUUUGAGACCAAAAGCUUAACAAAUCGUUCACGCAUAGCAGAUUACAAACAAUAAAUAUUGAGGCAUGUCAGAAACGAUUUGCACAGAAACUCAUGUGUUAAUCUGACUCCACACUCAUUUCAGUGAUCAGUGAGAGAAGCUUUAAUAACAAAGAAUACAAAAGAAAUGCUAAUGAGCCAAUCGUCGAAUAUGCACGGUCGUCGUAUCACGAACCAAUCUUGUCAAAAUUUUCGGUGCAACCUGUUUUUGACACUAAAAUUUCAAACUGGUCCUACUCAUUAAUGCAGGAAAGUGUUCGUCUCAUAUAAGUUAUCAAAAUAUAGAGGAAUAAUUUAAUGGUAUGGUGAUAUAAAUGAGAUAUCAUAAUUCAUUUGCCUUUGAAGAAAAUUGGCAUGGGAAUCUCGGUUGGAUGCACUGUAUAUAAGUAAUAUGAUGUGUUCAAUUGGUAAAAACAGAGAAAGAGGUAAUUAGUGAAAUGAAAUAGGUCUGAAAUACUUAACUAAUGUUCAUGUUUAGGAUGAUCAGUUUGGAUUAUAUUGAGUAAAAUAACAGAGAGGGGAAAAAUGAGAGGAAGGAUGAGAUAAAGAGAAAGCUACAUCAAAGAUUUUAACCAACACACAAUAAACUAUGCACAUACAAGUACCAUAACUUAAAUAUUUAAAAGGUGUUUGGUUUAUUUUAUAAACAACAGAGAAAUUUGAACAAUGAUUACAAAACGAUAUUACAGUUAAUAAUACAUAUUUUUUUACUAGGCAUUGUAAACCAUAAUUAUAGUGUAUUUCAGUGUAGUGUUGUCAUUCAUACAUGUUUAUACUUCAUUUAUGGAGGGAAAAUAUAGUAAGCAAUUUGAAGCAACAAUGAUAAACUCAUAUCAUACAGAAGUUUAGAAGUGGCCAUUCUAUUUGUCAAGGUUUUGAGAUAUUUUAUUUUAUACGACACCUAGAUAGCUCUUGUCAUUUCAUCAGUUGUGUGAUAUCAAUCAUUCAGCUUAUUCAACAAUGACGUCAUCAUUUGUGCAAUUAUGGAUCCAUUCAUUGUGCAAUUUUCAAUUCAUAGGAUUUUGUCCAUUGCAUGCUCGCUGAGACCAAAGGCAUUACUCAUAAAACGACAGUCAGCAGACGGUGCCUGUACUGCAUGCACUUUUGCACCUAACUCAUGAAUGCAAAAUGAGAAGGAUUUAUUUUAAGGUGUCAUUAAAAAACAAAUAAUGAUUUUUUUGUUGUUGUUCAAUGGACAGAAUAUUUCAAAAUUAGUGAAAGAUGGGAUGAAUGAUCCAAUCAAAAUGGCUACGUCUUGUUGAAUAGAUCAGUUUAUCUUUCUCCUCAUGAAACAUUCUGUCUAUUGCUCUCAUAAACAUUCAUUAUCUGUAUUUCACACAGAUUUAAAGUGCCGUCAUAGGACAUAGUACAUUUCACUUUUAUCAAAGAUAGUAAACAGUGGAAAGUACUGUUAUCAAAGCUAUCAACACCCACCACCAUGUGUUUGAUGGGGGAAAUACUACAUUCAGGGGUGGAUCCAGGAUUUUCCAAAAGGGGGGCACAUUUUCCUGAGGAAAAAAUUCAUAAGCAAAAAAAAAGGGUUUCCAAAAGUUGUGUUUUUAGCGACAGUUGUGUUUUAACAACGCUUUUACAUUACAAAUUUUAAUUGUGCCUCUCAAAAGGGGAGGCACGAGCCGGCAUUUGCAAAUGGCACUCCAGAAAAGUUUGUCCAAAACUAAAGCCCAGUGCAUACUAUGUGAUCCGAUACGCUGUGAUUUUUUAAUAAAUCUCAUUUGGCAUUAAAUAUGAACAUUCCAAGAAGAAAAAUUACUUUAUUUGAAGUGAGGCAUAAUAAUAGGAAUAAUAAAAUCAUAAGUUGCAUUAGGCAAGCAUUGUUGUCAGAGUAAAGUUCAAAUCGUCUUCAGUUGCAGCCGAUGAUUGAUGUCAUUGUGAUUUGGAAUUGAAUUUGCUUUUAUUCCGACAGCGAGGCUCGAACUACACUAAAUUUUGAAUUUAGUAGUCCUACUACUAUUCUUAUCUCUGAUUGCUAAGAUUUCAUUGGUUGGAAUAAUCAUAUCAAUUGUUAUUAUGAUUUCUUUGAGAAUCGGAUCGCAACGAAUCGCAUAGUGUGCGCUGGUACCACCCCUGUCUUCUAUUUAUUUAUUUAUUUAUUCAUUUAUUUCAAAUAUUCAUUCAGGAUAAAACAUGUAUCAGCACAAUGGCUGUUUAACAUCAUGGUCCUGAAGGACAAAAUAUAAUGAGUAAAAUAAAUUCAAUAUUCAUGAAGAUUAAUAUAGUAGCAACAAUGCAAAUAUACAUGUAAGAUACAAACAAAAUAUUAGCAAAAGUGAAGAG